AUGGUUAUGUCAAAGUAGUGUCAAAAUGUCAAAGUCAAAGUGAUAGAUAAAUAAGAUCAUGAGUGGAAGAUGCAAUAAAUCCGGUUCUUCAUUAAUGAUAGCAAGGCAUUAUAUAAUUAUAUAUUAGACGACAGGUCUUCGGGGUUAUCAUACAUUCAUUACAAGACCGACAAUGCAGUACGACACAAUAGUGAUCGGUUUAGGUUCAGCGGGGACAACUGCGGCAACCACACUAGCAAGAGCUGGCAGGCGCGUGCUUGCUUUAGAAGCUCAAGACAGGAUUGGAGGUCGAGUCAAUACGGUACAGUUUGGUGAUGGCGUUGUUGAACUUGGUGCUGAAUGGAUUCAUGGCACUCGUCCGAGUAGAGUUUAUGAUACAGCUAUUAAGAAUAAUAUCACAGUAUUGUCACAGGAUUUGACAAUGGAUGCCUAUUCAUCAGACGGAAGACAUGCAGAUAAAGAAUUAGUCAAUGAAUUAGUAGAGUUCUGUUUGGGGCAGGUUGAGAAUAGUACAAAUGAUAAUUUACCUUUGGGAGAUUUUCUCACUAAAAAAUUAAAAGAACAUUUGAAUGCAACAAAACCAUCAAUUCUACAAGAUGAAGAUUUCAUGGAGAAUUUUCUAGAUCUAAUGGAUCAGAUAGUUGGUAACUACGAAGGUUCCAACAGCUGGAACGAUGUCAGCACUUUCACACAUUAUCAAGAAUUGGAUGGUGAUCAACACAUGAGCUGGCAUAGGAAUGGAUAUAAAACCUUCUUUGAAUUGUUACUGAAUACCUAUCAAGGUGGUCCCGGCUUAGCUAAUUUGAGCAUUAAAUUGAACACGGAAGUGACUAAAAUAGCUUGGCCGCAAAAACCUCUAACUCCAGUAGAAGUGACAUGUCAAAAUGGAGAAGUUUACAAAGCUAAUAAUGUUAUUAUCACUAUAUCUAUUGGUGUUUUAAAAGAAAGGCACACAAGUCUAUUCAAACCAUCACUACCCAUAGACAAAGUUCAGGCUAUAGAUAAUCUAACAAUUGGUGUCAUGGACAAAAUAAUUUUCACAUUCGAUAAACCAUGGUGGCCAACAUUACAUACUUUCUUUGCGUUUCUAUGGAGAAGAGAAGAGAAGAAGAAGAUUCCAGAAGAAGAUUCGUGGAUAACAAAGAUAUUUGGUGCUAGCACUCCCUUAGGUUCUAGUAAUACGUUAACUCUAUGGACAAGCGGAGAUACAGGGAAAUUGGUGGAGACAUUACCAGAAGAUGUUGUGAAGAGGAAAUGUGUAGAAUUACUGCAAAGGUUUCUUGGAGCUAAUGUAACCGUUCCUGAACCUACAGGCAUGCAUCGGACAACAUGGUUUACAAAUCCAUUCACUAGGGGUAGUUAUUCCUACGAUAGUGUGACGUCAAUGAAAUACCCUAAUUCUAGGGCUGAUUUAGGUCGACCUUUACUGGAUAGUGCUGGAGUUCCUAAAGUAUUGUUUGCUGGAGAAGCAACUGAUUUAACACAUUUCUCAACUGUACAUGGAGCCAGUGAUAGUGGAUAUAGGGAAGCUAUGAGAUUACUUCCUAAUAGUAAAUUGUAAAAAAAAAAUUAUCUGACCCGGUAAGGAACCUAUUUAAUCUUAGGAAUUUUUUUUUUACAUAGUCGCUUUUUGUUAAUUUUCUAAUAUUGUACAGUUCCAACUAAGCUCUAGGCUUGUGUUAUCGUUUACAAUAGUCGAAUGUUGGGAUUCGAACCACCGACCCCGUGAUCGGAAAUCUGUACCCUUAACCUUAAGACUAUUGUUUCUUCAAAAUUGCAGAUGCGUUGUCUACCUUUUAAAAUGCGACGCAUUAAAGACAAUAUGUCCUCUUCCUGCAUCAUCAGCUCACUAUACGUCCCCACUGAGGAGCUCCAAUCCUACCAUAAAUCAAAGGUGACUAAGCUUUAGUCAAUCUUAGUCUUCCUCUUCCUAUCAUUUAAAGAAAAGGUUAUAUAAGACAAAAUGUGAUUAGACUGAGGGGCGCUAGUGAGCUGUCGUAAUUUAGUUUGACUUAUACCCACCGGGUCGGAUGUCGGUCUGUAUAUCGAGAACCAUUAACCUGUUGUUAGGACAAAAAUAUAUUUUAUAGAAAUUUUAAAAAUGUGUAAACAUUGCAAAAAUGUUUUAUGAAUUUCAUAUCUUUAGGAAUAUGUAUAUUUUGAAGGUUUUCGAUGUCAAUAUUGUGUGAUAAUAUCUCUAUAUGAUGAA